CAACUUUUUUAGUUUGUUGUAUUUUGAGUUCUAUUAAACAUCAUAGUGUUUUUAUUUACUGAAAUGAGUAAAGAAUUUUUACCAACUGUUUAUCAGGCAACUGAAUUUGAUGGUAAGCGAUUGCGAAAGGCAAUCGCGAGAAAAACAGUUGAUUACAACUCAUCAAUUAUAAAUAUGCUUGAAACGAGAAUUGUAGCUAAAAAUCAUCAUGAUAGGAGAGCCAUUCAACCUGAUUAUGGUUAUUAUCCGCUAUUGUUACCUCCGAUGUCUUUUGGUGAUAAUCCUGUUAACUGUGUUACAACUAAAUUUGUUCGUGCAUCAACCAAUAAAAUGAGAUGUCCAAUAUUUUGUACAAUUUGGACACCUGAAGGUCGACGUUUAGUCACUGGUGCCUCAAGUGGUGAAUUCACUCUUUGGAAUGGUUUGACAUUCAAUUUUGAGACAAUUUUACAAGCUCACGAUUCUGCUGUUCGAGCAAUGGUUUGGUCCAUGGACGAUUUGUGGAUGGUAACCGCUGAUCAAUCUGGUAAUAUCAAAUAUUGGCAGAGUAACAUGAAUAAUGUUAAAAUGUUUCAUGGGCAUGAAAGUCCAAUCAGAGGCCUUUCCAUGAGUCCAUCAGGAGCUGACUUUGCCACCUGUUCUGAUGACGGAACCAUAAAGAUAUGGGACUUUUUGUCUUGUAAAGAAGAAAGAACUCUUCGAGGACAUGGAUCUGAUGUCAAAGCCAUCGAUUGGCAUCCAGAUAGUGAUUUGAUUGUUUCCGGCAGCAAAGACAGUCAACAACCUGUUAAGCUAUGGGAUCCAAGAGUUGGCACCAAUUUGGCCACCUUACAUGCACAUAAAAAUACUGUAAUGGACGUGAAAUGGAACCAAAACGGAAAUUGGCUUCUAACCGCUUCGAGAGAUCAUUUGAUCAAAAUUUUUGAUAUACGUAAUAUCAAAACAGAAAUGCAAGUUUUCAGAGGCCAUAAAAAAGAAGCUUGUUGCUUAACUUGGCAUCCCAUUGACGAGUCUCUUUUCGCUAGCGGUGGAUCGGAUGGAUCCAUUUUAUUUUGGGAAGUGGGGGUUGAUAAAGAAAUUGGUGUAAUUGAGUCAGCUCAUGAAUCUGUUGUAUGGUCGCUAAGCUGGCACCCUUUAGGGCAUAUUUUAGCUUCUGGAUCUAAUGACCAUUCUUGCAAAUUUUGGACAAGAAAUCGGCCUGGUGAUAGAAUGGUGGAUAAAUAUAACCUCAACGAAAAAACACAAGAAUCUAAAUAUUGUGAUGAAAUGAAACUUUCUGACUCCAUACCAGGUAUUUCUAAAGAAAAAAGUGAAGAUAUUUUCCCUGAAAUGGUUUUCGAUAAAUCACCUGUUGAGAUCUUCCCACCUGUUGAAUCAAAAUUGGCAGAAGAAGGUGAACAACAGCGAAAAGUUCCAUUCUCCAAACCUAUUCCAAAAGAUUUCGCUGAUCAAUGGUCUGAGAAGACAUCUCAACCUGUGACACUUCCACCGUGUGAGAUGGAUGAACAAUAUAAUCCUGAUCAUCACCAUCACCAUCACAUGGACCUAAAUUACAAUUUACCACCAAACCGAUCUCCAUAUAUUCAUGGUCCUCCAAUGAGACGACCUUAUCAAUACCCACCUGAUCCACCUCCAAUGCCUCCUCAUAUGAGACGUGGUGAUAUGCAUAGGGGAGACUAUGAUUUUCAUUUCUAUAAUCAUCCUGAAGACAAUUCAUUUGGAAAUUUUCAUGGUUUUUCUGGACACUUGGCACACAAAAAGAGACACUUUUCCAAUCGCAAAUAAAUAAUUAAUAUUGUACAUAUUGUAUAUCUGUAUUAUUGUAUCCUUUUUUAAAUUUGACAAAAAUAAAACCAAUUCUAUUUAAUUUAUUGAAAA